CGACGGCAAAGGAAACACAAUGCGGAAGUGAAGCGUUCCCGUAUCAAAGCUCCACCUAAAGUUGGUUUUGCAAUCCGCCAAAAAAAAAAAAAAACAACAACACAAAGACGAAGCGAAGCUCUCCUCCCCCUCUCUCAGUCAACCGGCUCCUCAACAGCUACUUCACUCCUGUCAGUGAAAGCUCCACUAAAGAUGUCUGACGAGGGUAAAUUAUUCGUCGGAGGACUGAGUUUUGAUACCAACGAGGAGUCUCUGGCCGCGGCCUUCGGCAAAUAUGGAACCAUCGAAAAAGUAGACGUGAUCAUGGACAGAGACUCGGGGAAAUCCCGCGGUUUCGGUUUUGUGAAAUACGCCAAUCCAGAAGAUGCUAAAGAUGCACUGGAAGGAAUGAACGGGAAGACUCUGGAUGGUCGGCCCAUUCGGGUGGAUGAAGCAGGAAAGGGCGGUGGACGAUCCAGAGGAGGCGGAGGAUCGGGCCCAAGAGGACGGGGUGGAUUCGGCGGGCGUGGGAGAGGAGGCGGAGGAUACUAUGGAGACAGGAGUUACGGUGACAGGAGUUACGGCGAUAGGAGUGACAGAAGCUACGGCGACAGAAGCUUCAGUAAUGAGGGGAGGUUCGGCGGCGGCGGCGGCAGCCAGUACAGGAGUGGGGGUGGCGGAUACAGAGACAAUAGGAGUCAGCCUACUUAUGGUGACCGCUCUUCAUAUCGCGAACAACACGACUAUGAUGCUGAGUAAACAUCCCCUCGAUUCAAGAUCCUUCCUUGACUGGCCGUGUUUCACAGAUGCGCUCCUCAAGACCAAAUGCCCACGUGUUAUUGCUGACCUUAGUUUUGUAGUUAUGUUGUAUUAGCUAAGCUCAAGCAUCUUAAAAAUGUACCCAUGAUUUUUGGUCAUUUCUUAAUAAACCAUGUUACAAAUUACAA